CAAUGAGUGCUAUGAAUGCAUAGUAAUUGUUGGUGUUUGUGUGCAGAUGUGCAGGCAGAGUUGGACUUGGUGGAGGCUGAGUUGGAGCAGGUGGAGCUUCAGGUCGCAGAGCUGCUGGAGAAGCAGGCCCAGCUGACAUCUCGCAAGAGCGCUCUGCUGCUGCAGCUGGAGGAGGCCUGCGACGCCAUUGGUUCCUCAUCCUCUACGACCUCAGUUCCCAAGUGGACCAUGAGCAGGCAGGUGCUGCAGAGCUAUGAUGGCUCAGAUUUCCCCUGGUCCAAAGAGGUGGAACACCAUCUGAAAAGCUCCUUUGGUCUUUCUAAGUUCAGACCUUUGCAGCUCAGAGCCGUCAACCUAACCAUGGCAGGCAACGAUGUGUUUCUGGUCAUGCCUACAGGAAGAGGAAAAAGUCUCUGCUUCCAGUUGCCUGCAGUCUGCUCCAAGGGUUUCACAUUGGUUAUCACACCACUCGUGUCUCUGAUGGAGGACCAGAUCAUGCACCUGAAGUCUGUUGGUAUUCCUGCAGUCAUGCUGAAUGCAUCGAGCAGUAAGGAGCAUUCCAAGCUCGUCAUGGCUGGAAUGACGGAUGUGAAAGUCCCCUUCAAGAUGGUGUAUGUAACUCCAGAGAAGGUUGCAAAGAGCAAGCUGUUGAUGUCUCGCCUGGAGAAAGCCUAUAAUGCCAAGCUGCUGAGUCGUAUAGUUGUGGAUGAGGUGCACUGCUGCAGCCAGUGGGGACACGACUUCAGACCAGAUUAUAAACUCCUGGGUAUCUUAAAGAGACAGUUUCAGUCUGUGCCUCUCUUUGGCCUCACAGCCACAGCAACCAGUAGUGUUCUCAAGGACUGUGAGAAGAUACUGUGUGUGGAACAGCCAGUCACUAUCACUGCGUCUUUCAAUCGAACUAAUCUCUUUUAUGAGGUUCGCAAUAAAGACUCAGAUAGUGAUGCUUUAAUGAGCGACAUUACCUCUCUAAUUAAAGACAAAUACAAGAACCAGUCAGGCAUUGUGUAUGUGUUCUCUCAGAAGGAUGCUGAGAUGGUGUCUUCUGAGCUCAAAAAACGUGACAUCUUGGCAUAUCCUUAUCACGCCAAUAUGGACCCAGAAGACAAGUCGCAAGUUCACUGCAGAUGGUCCUCAAACAAAAUCCAGGUUGUCGUUGCCACGGUGGCGUUUGGCAUGGGCAUUGACAAACCAGAUGUCAGGUUUGUAAUCCACCACACCAUGAGCAAGUCCGUUGAGAACUACUACCAAGAGAGUGGGCGUGCAGGUCGAGAUGAUCUUCCAGCAGACUGCAUCAUAUAUUUUGGCUUUGCUGAUAUCUUCAGGAUCAGCACCAUGGUAGUUAUGGAGAAUGCCGGCUACCAGAAGCUGCUGCAAAUGGUUGCCUACUGCCAGAAUGUUGACAGGUGUCGUCGCUCUCUCAUGGCUGUCCACUUUGAUGAGAUGUGGGACAAUGAAAGAUGUAACCAAAUGUGUGAUACAUGCCGCCAUAAAAAAGGCUACACUAGUAUGGACAUUACCCAGCAUGCAAGGCAAGUGGUGCUAAUUGUAGAGCAAGCAGAGUCCAUGAAUGAAAAAGUGACCCCACUGAAGCUGGUGGAGACAUGGAUGGGGAGGGGCCCAGCCAAGCUCAGGAAGAUGAUCCAGACCACGGCUCUGUCUCGACUGCAGGCUGAAGCUGUGAUCGUCUCUUUGCUUCUUCAGGGAUACCUCAGAGAGGAUUACAGCUUCACGCCAUAUACCACCUACUUCUAUUUGAAACUCGGCCGUAAAGCUCCUCUGCUAAAGAAGGAAACACACACAGUCAAGAUAAACAUGUGGCCAGCUGGAGAUGGACCCUCUGUGGUAAAACCUGCAACUGGCAAGGGAAAAUCCAAAGAGGAAAAGAGAUCAGUUCAAAGCUCUGGAGACUCCCAUGUGUCCAAGAAAGUCAAGACAAGGCUUUGCUUGUCUCCUCAACCACUACAAACCCAGAAGACAAGUCAAUAAAGACAAAUCAGCUACUGAAGUCAACGAGGAAGAGGUCUGUAUGAGCCCUGGUCCCCCUGCCAUUAAGAAAAGAUGUCCCUCACAAAACAAAAAAAAAAAAACAGAAGCUGAGGAAACAAGAGCUAAAACAAGACACAGACAGCUAGAGGGAGCACAAAAGCAGCCUGCUCACAGAUA